AAUAGCUACCAAAACAGAAGCACCGUUAAUUUUCAUGCUCUAACAACUCUCAGUUAUAGAGAAAAACAUUAUUGAGUUGUUUUUUUUUUUUUUUUCUAUUUUGCUUUUGAAGAAAAAGAAGUUAUUAUUUUUAUCAGAAUGGGUGAAGCAGAUUCAGUUUCAGCAUAUGAUAUGAUUGUAAGUUGGCUUAUAAGCCCCUCCUGUAUAUUCCUAUUUGUAAACCUUGUCAUUGGCACCAUUUUUAUUACCUCUCGUUUCGCCGCUCAGAGAAAGAAUCAACCCGACUCGCUACAGCAAGUAGUCCCUACGUCGUCGUUUUUUGAUCGAGUGGCGUCGUUUGGACUCGGUUGCUGUAAAUUUAAACCACCAGCAACAUCGGUAGAAAGUCAGGUUGAGCCGGUUCAAAAUCAAGACUUGGACGGGCUAAAUCACGCUAUUACUUCGACCGAGUUGGAUCAGGUUAAGUCUAUUGACACGGACCUUUGUGAAACAGGCACGGAAAAUUUGAUCCAGAAUCCGCUACCAAGAGCUCCUUCGCUCUUGGAGCGGCUCAUGUCGGGGAAUUUUGGCCGGUUGAAGUCUGUAAAGGUGGAGGAUGAGAAGAAAAUUGGAUCAGAAAUGGAAGAGGAGGAAGUGGAUGCAAAGGCUGAUGAUUUUAUAAAAAGGUUUAAGCAGCAACUUAGAUUGGAAAGGCUUGAUUCCAUUUUACGUUACAGGGAUGUACUUCAUAGACGCUCAUGAGAAUUAUGUAACAUAUUUAAGAAAUGAGUUGAACUAUUUUUUUGUUUGUAAAAAUGGUAUAUGGCUUUUAUUAUGCAGGUUGAUAAAAAUGUUAUUAGGUAGAUUUUUGUUAGUUUAGAUGCUGAUUAGUUUUAAUUGGAACUCAUUAUGAUUCAGAUAUACUAUUAUAUAAUUGUUAACUGCUUUUGAUUACACCCAAAAUAAACUUGAGUAGUACUUUUGACUUGAGUAAUUUCGAUAUGGAUGAUCUUCUCAAAAGUUUUAUAGAAAUUGUGGACAAAACAUUACUGAAAAUAAGAUGGGACGUUACAGUCAGCCAUUUAAAUUGAGCAAACCAUUAUAAACGAUGUUGAUGGGUGCAAUGUAUAAGCACCUUGUAUAUUUAUCCUUUGAAAACAUGAUUAGAAGAUCCGUGAUUGGAAUGGUAUCUUUUGGUUAAAACAAAUUAUUCUUACGGUAUCAUGUUUCUACUAACUUUUUCUAAGAUGCAAUUGCAAAAGUUUAAUCUGGUACCCCCAACACCAUUACUGUUUUUCCAAGCUAUGAACCAAUCAUCAAAAUCUUUGUCGAAGACAUUUAUUUUGAGACUGAACAAGUUGAUUUUUUAUCAAUAAUAGCAGCCUUGUUGGUUUCAUCUUCUUUGAAUCAUUUAUCAGACAUUGGCAGCCUUGCUGGUUCCAUCUUCCUUGAACCAUUUGUUAUCAGACAUCUCCAAUAUCCCAUUUAAACCCUAACCCUAGCGGCUAGCGGUUCACAUUGCUUCUUAUGUUGCUCCAUGUUUUUAUUUCAUUUUAUUCCCGUCUCUUCUUCUUCAAACCACUCCAUUUCCUUCACAAACAACCAACUAUGGAGUCUUUUGCUUAUUCAAGUGUUAAUAAUAAUAAUAAUAAUGUAUAUUUCACGAGCCUUCACGCUCCUUUUCACCCCCAACUUUUAUUAUAAAAAGGGAGAAAGAGGGUUUAUGAUGAAAUAAAAGAAGAUUCAACGCUGGAGAUUUGGAACCAUGAAGGAAUCAAUAGAGAGGAGCCAUUUCUGAUCUCUCCCUCUGUCUUUAUAUAUAGAUUGAGGUAUCUUCACAAUCUUCCUUGGUAUAGUCCCCAAGGCCUUGUUAAAAUUUCAUUGAGAAACAAAGCAAAACCCUUCUUCAACUGAACAGGCAGCAUGCAAGAAUGACAUAUAUGCACUGAUAUGAUACAACAGCACUCUAUCAAUGUCUGUUCACAAACGACAACAAAUACAUUGAAAUGCAGAGAGACAAAGUCUCAUCAGCAUCCUAAUCCUUUUCUCAUGAGAUACACCCUAAACCCUAAACUUAUUAUAAAUGAAAGAGCCUGAUAAUUCAGGUAAAUACCAUGUUAUUCUAAACAUGCAGAUUAAUAUUCGACAAGGCUGUUAAAAGAUGUUUAGGGUUAAAGUUGGCAAUUUGCAAGCAGAAAAUGGCAAAGUAAUA